GAAGCAUCCCUUCAGUUUCACCAUCAAUUCAGUUUGCAGGAAAUAGUAUUUCUCUGUCAGGACAGCACUGUGCUCUUCUAUUUUUCACCUCGUGACCGGAGUCAACGAAAAGCAACAGUUGGCGGAGCUUCAGAGCGACGAGGAAAUAACUAUGCCCGAGUAUUGUUGUGACAAGAACGUGUAGCUCGCGUAGAAAGAGUGAGGGAGAGAAAGAGAGAGAGAGAGAGCAAAUCGGAAAUCGCACAUGCGUAAGAUUCGACGAUAUAGAGCACCAGAAGAAGACAGUCGCGCUUAAACGGCGCCCAGCGUCAGACGUGUUAGUGCGUCGUCAGAGACAGUCGAUCAUCCAAUCUAUCCAAGCAACAGUUACCUCUUCACCAAAAAAAUCUUAAAACGAAGAUCCAGUUAGAGCGAAGAAGAAAUUAUUGUCAUUUAUGGCCGGAUAAAUCUUUGGUUGGGGUUACUAAUGAUGGGAAUCAGGGGUGGUGCUUUGAUCUUUCUUCAUGAAGAUUUCCACCACUUUUGCAUUUUGUGACAUAAGAGAACGCUUUUGAGGAUUAUCCUAGUAUUUCUUCAGAACUUCUAUGUGGAAUGAAACAACGAUUCUGAUCAAUUUUGGAUCCAUCGAAGGAGUGUUUACACAUCUUUUGGCAGCUUCUUUUGCAUUCCGCCGAGCAGCUUCCGGGUGCGGAGAGUAGACCACGAGUACGGUGUGCUGAUUCAAAGGGCAAACGGAAUAAGACACAGCUGGAAAAAUGAAUGGCUACGAGAACGUAGACUUUAACAAACCUGUGAGCAUCAGCGAUCAGAAGCGAAUCCUGAAAAUGAAAGCUGACCAGUGCCAUAAGGGCAAUGUUUCAUCGUAUGGCUGGUGCCCGGAAGUUUGGGAUGGGAUAUUGUGCUGGCAAUCAACGGCACCUGGGGAGAUGGCCAUCCUGCCCUGUCCUUCUUAUAUCACUGGGUUUGAUGUCCAGGCGAAUGCAUCCAAAGAAUGCAUGUUAGAUGGCCAGUGGUUUUGGAAUAGUAGUACCAAUAGUACUUGGAGCAACUACAGUCAAUGCUACAGAAAUUCAUUGGUGACUGUUGUAAUGGCACUGCCCGGUGGUCAAAAGAACAACGGCACUCUUAUUAAAAAAUUUUUCCCGAUAGUAAAGACCAUCUCGAAAGUCGGGUAUACCGUCUCUCUCUUCACUUUGGUGAUAGCUUUCUUAAUUUUGGUUGUGAUCAAUUUAUCCCAAAUUGGACGUAGGAAAUUGAGGUGCCCCCGGAAUAUGCUGCACAUGCAUUUGUUCGCCUCGUUCAUGCUCCGCGCGUUUAUGGCACUGAUGAAGGACAUACUGUUCGUCUCUGGAAUCGCCUUAGCCUCAGAUGUUAUGAUAAAAAAUGGAAACACAUAUUGGCUAGUGGACGAGAAAGAAAACAGCUGGCUGUGCAAGGUGUUCACCAGCUUCUGGCAAUACUUCAUCCUUGCAAACUACUUUUGGAUAUUAAUGGAGGGUCUCUACUUACACAACUUAGUCUUUCUAGCACUCUUCACCGAUAUAAACUCAAGCAUCAUUGGCUACGUUUGCCUCGGAUGGGGUCUGCCAGCUGUAUUCGUAUCGUGCUGGAUAGUGGCGAGAGUGACUCUUGAUAACAAGUAUUGCUGGACCACUCAUGAAAAUUCCAACCUCUUCCUCCUCAUUCGAGUUCCUACUAUGCUGUCGAUUCUGAUCAAUUUUGGGCUGUUCGUCAAUAUCGUUAGAGUGCUCCUGUUGAAGCUCAAGUCCACAGUAUCGGAGGAGACGCAAAGAUACAAAAGGUGGGCGAAAAGUACAUUGGUCCUGGUGCCACUCUUCGGAGUACAUUAUACGGUUUUCUUAGGCAUGUCUUAUAGUAUUGGUGUAGAUGAGACUGUUGAAGUUGUGUGGCUCUUCUGCGACCAACUGUUCGCUUCUUUUCAGGGUUUUUUCGUGGCUGUUUUGUAUUGUUUCCUGAACGGUGAGGUGCGAACCGAGGUAACCAAGGCGAUCAGGAGCCAGAAAUUGCCUCGUUUUCGCACUAGGUGGAACUCAAGACCAUCCACCCACUCUAACAGCAUAUGCAGCUGCAAUGCAUCGAAACUUGGUAGACAGUCAAAGCGGCCACGUUGGUGGAAAGAACCUUGGCUCUGUUUUCUUCACGACAGGACAGUUCGACGCUCAACCCACUCGAUGGCGAGUACACAAGAUAUUGGUACGCGAGGAGGUAGUUUAGCGAGUAGCAGAGGUUACUUGGAAAUCGCAGGGAACGGACAGAGCACAUAUCCGGGAAAUCAGGAUCAACAGGCGAAUCACACGUCACCCCUCUACAGUAAAUACACGGAUCAAUCUUUACUUUCCUUUUGCUCGAACGUUUCAGAAGUAACACCUUGCACAGGACUCAAUACAGAUAGAAUUCGAGAGCAGCAUUGUUGGAGUGAUUCAGAGUGUUGUCAUCUCGCCUACGAGCUACACAAUUUACAUCAUGGGCCCCCAUAAAACCCGUAAUCAGAUUUAAAUCAAUUUACUACUAAGACUCUGCGUGCAAACAGCCAAUAAAAAUAAUGAGAAAAUUUCUUCAGUGAAAGAACGUGUACUAUACACGAUUAUUAUAAAACGUAUGAAGACUGUAAAUCCAUCAACGGUCCGCCAAAACUGUUUUGAUCAUAACGCUGCUAAAAAGUCUUGAAUAAUUCAACAUCUGCAUUUCUUCUACUGCUUUUGUAUUACUCUAUAUUUUUUAUAAUGAAGUUGCCAAAACAAGGGAAGAUGGACUUACAAAAUUUCCAUUUUUGUGGAUGUUACUAUUUGCAUUAUAAUUGUUAUACAAAGGUUUCUAAAGGAUUUCAUUGAGUUUUGCUGUAGAGUGAUUUACGAAACAGUUUAAUUGACAAGUAUUAUCACCGUAGGGUAAUUAGUACAAUUUAACGCUGAACUGUAACAGUGAUAAAUGACUUGCCAGUAUUUCUAUGGCCAUUUUGCUUUAAAUUGCUAACUGUAAGCUUAAACACACACGUUUAUUCUUUACAGAAAUUCUUAUAUCCCAGAUUUACGAACUGCAUCAAAUUACAUUAAGUCCAACUGUAAGUGCGCGUGAAAUUAUAAUAAUUUAAAUUAGAUGUACAUGUCGCUCAGAAAGUUCGUUCCGACUUUUAAGGAAAAUUCAAAUGCAGCACAUUUAAAUUUGGAUAUACAUUUAUUGAAUUAUAUAGGUGCCAUUUUGUUCCACAACUUUUCUCUAUCUUUCACGCAAUUUGAAUAUUCCAUUGUUCCAGGACUUUUCAGGUUUUUCGGCGGAGAACUUUUCAAUAUGAUUUUUUACGUCGACCAAAGAGGUAAAGCUUUUACCACUAAGGGAAUUUUGUAAUGAUCUGUAUAGGUGAAAAUCUGAGAGUGUCAUGUCUGAUGAAUACGAUGAGUGGAGUAGCACAUCUCAACCAAGCUCCAACAACGUUUAUCGAAUAAGAAAUUAACUAUAAAACUAACAAAACUUAAUGUAAUCCAACCAAAUUAUUAUAUGAUAUACAUAUUAUUAAUUCGAUUAUAUAUAUAAUUUGAAAACUUAUAUUUGGAAAAAAUAAAUUCAAAGAAUCAUAUAAUUACAAGAAUUUUAUGAUGAAUUAUUUGCUGGUACGUCAGAAUAAUAUUCUUAAAUGUAAAAACGAAUUAACUGUCGUGUUCUAUGUUAAUCUUUAGUAAAUCACGACGAGAAAAUUUAUACCUGACAAUUAUAAUACGUAUUUCGUUCUGUGUUAAUAUCAAACUAUUAGUAUUGAUUAAUUUAAAAAUAUUAGAAUGAACGUUUUGAUAAUAAUACGCGAGAACUAUAUUCGAAAAAACGCUUUUCGUGUCGCGUGCAAAUAAUGUAGAAUUUUCAGUGAUGGAAACCGGCGAGGAAAAUAAAAAAUAAGUAGCAAUUUUUAACGUUAAUAUACGUAUUACGAUAUACAUUAACUUUCUGAGUGACCCAAUAUUAAAUAUUUUAUAAUAUAUCCAUUUUCAUCUACCAUGAAUUAUCAUGCAUUUUCAUUGGAAUUGCCAUUCACCAAUAGUUUUGCGAAUACUGCAAAAUGUGUAUUUGACAAAAUUACGACUGUCUAUUAUUGAAACGUAAUAUAUCCUUCCGACAUAACAGAAUGGUAAUUUUCGUAUUGGCAAAGAAUUCGUUCUACCAGAAUAGCACGGAUUCCCUUGCAGUUGUACGUUAUUCAUGUGGGACAAGCUGUAAUCGAAUUAUAUGGGUGUUCGUUCCCAAUGAGUCCUUUUUAUCGCUUUGCAAGAAUAAAUGUUCAUGAUGUUUGUGUUAGUGCUGUAUAUUAUAAAAAUAAAAAAGAAUAAGUGUUUCCAUACAUAUGUGUCGGUGGAUAUUUAUUGUACGACUAGAAAAUAAGAAACUAUUGGCUAAUAAAUCAAUCUUCCCUCGUUUAACAUUGCACUGUGGAUAUACUUAUAAUAAAUUAACAAUGACAAAUGUUUUUCAAGACUUUUCAGCAGCUAUUCUUUUAUAUAAUAAUAUAUCUCAGAUUCUUUAAAAUUGUAAACUGGAGAUUUUAAACUUAAAGACACACGUUUAUUUUUUUAUACGUGUUCUUCUAUCCUUUGACCUAUAGAUGUUAUAUACACUGCAUCAGGAUCUGCUGAACCCGACUGUAAACGGAUGUAGAUAUAUAAUAAUUUAAGUUGGAUAUACAUAUGUAUUAGCUUUAUAUAUUGCAUAUCCAUCUUCAAUUAUUUUUUCGUGUAGCCGACGAGCAAAGUGAACGACCGUUAGUCUGUGAAUAUCGCAUUAUCUAUUAUUAUCUAGAACUACCACCCACUAAUUGUUUUGUGAAAAAUACAAAACAUGCGCUUGACAAAAUUACUCCUGAUUCUUAUCAGGAUAAAAAGAUUGAGGAAGUAGUUCAGGUUGGUAGUACUAGUGUCAGCAAAGAAUUCAUUUGACCAGGGUUACGUGGAUUUCCUGAGUCUUGUACUUUGCUAAUAUGGAACGGAUUGAAAUCGAAUGAUGUCCAUAUCCGUUCCUAAUGAGUCUGGAUUAACUGUCAAGAUGUAGUCCUUUGUCGUUUAUCACUUUGUACAUAGGAUAUGUGAAUAAUUGUCAGUGACGUGUGUAUUUAUGAUGUACAAUUGCAAACAAAUGUAUGUUUUUAUUCUUGUGUAUACUUGUAUGUGUGUAUUCGGGUUGUUAUUUCUUGCAGUGAAUUCAGCUUACGAAUACGAGAAGAUCGGUUGAAAAUUUUCCACGUGCUUUAUUGCCUAUCUAUAUUUCAAAUCUAAUCAAUUCAUUAUCCGUUAUCACGUUCUCGACUGUUCAUAAUUAAACAUAGAUGUAUGGAGACAUUCCGAUUAACGAGGGUUACGUGGAAUUUUUUCGAUGUCAAUUUCAUUGUCAAUUAUUGGUUUCCUUUCUUGUUCGCUGUUAUUGUUUUACCAGGAAGAUUCGUUGAAAAAAUAUUAUUGAACGAACAUAUCAAUAUUACGAAUGAAUCAUAAUUAGUAAAUCAGUGUAGUAGCUGGAAUUUAAAAUGAAGGCUUGAUAAACAGAUUUAGUACUUUGAUAUGUGAAUUUUUUAGGCACAUAAAAUAUUUCAAUGUAUGAGAGCGUCUCUGAUACAACAUUUUCUCUGAUUAAAUCAUGGAAAAGUACUAUAUCUGUUAAAAAGUACAAAUGCGUAAUUGCAUUGGAUUAUACCAUGUUUAAAAACAUUUAUAUCUUUUGUCUCAACAGCUUUCUAUUUUAGAGAUCAAGUCCAAGCUCUUAUAUAUGUAUAUUCGAUGUAAAAGUUCAUAAUUAAUCGAAAUAAAGUGGAACAUAUGUA